AUGGGGCAUGUCACGGUAUUUUUCAACAGUGUAGUAGUGAAGCAGGUGGACGUAUCCACUUUGAACGGUUCGAUUGGCAUUUUGCCGAAACACGUGCCUGUUCUGGGAAUGCUGAAACCUGGUGUCGUUCGAGUCAUCGAUAGCAGUGAUAAAAGUAUCAAAUAUUUUGCCUCCUCUGGAACUGUUUCGAUGAAUCCGGAUGGUUCCUGUCAAGUGCUUGCUGAAGAAGCUAUCAAAAUUGAGGAUAUUGACGUAUCGAAAGCAGAAGAGCAGUUGCGAUCGGCGCAGCGACGACUCGCAGAACCAAUGGACGAUUCUGCCAGAGCUGCAGUGCAGAUAGAAAUAGAAACAUACGAGGCAUUGCUAAAAGCUGCUCAAGAAAUUGAUAAGUGA